GAUGAGACAGUCAGUCGUACCCAAUCGCUUAUCCCAUGCAGUACCAGGCACAUCCCAGUCCAACGCAGCAUCGAUGACCAGACUACUCGAGAAGAAGAAGGAGUACGAGGCCGUUGCAGCUCUUGAGAGAGCUAGUGCUUUGUUUGUGAAGCGGAUGGAAGGGCUGGGGGAUGACUGUGAGCUGAUGGCAGAUGCGGGUUUAGUGCAUGGGCAGGUCCUCGAACAAUGGCCUCAGAUGUUCCGUAUAUUGGACCUAUUCCUCUCACAGCGGAAGAAUAUGGAAUCCCCUGGCGACCUUGACUCGGAACAAACGUCUCUCGCGGCCGGCGAGAGGCUAGUACGAAUACCGAUUGACGAUGCUCAGGACGAUCCAAAGUCGGCGUAGACCGUGGUCAAAUUACUGCGUGACGAAUGUCGAGGUGAGUCCUACCCGUGCCUCUAACUAUGUAAAGGCAUAAUGCAAUCUAAGAACCAGCUCUGACAUGACGUCAACCCCUGUUUCUUCGAGCCAUCAACUGCAUCAUGAAAAUAAUGGUCCAUUUGGACUUCGUACUUAUCCCGCGUAACCAUCUCGUCGCUUCAGUGGAAUAACCAAGGGACUUCCUUCCCACUGUCUCCCACUGUCUACGUCUGUGCACCGCUGAAAGGCGGCCGCUCCAUACGCGCACGACGUGUACGCGGUCGAUACCCAGAUAACCCAGGAGAGUAUCUACAGACUUUGUUUUGAGUCGUAUCAAACAACGUGCUAGGUAAUAUAUAGCCCGUAAAACAUGCUUUCGGUUAUACCUGCGGCGAACACCCUUAUGUCCGAGUCCAC